AAUUGUUUUAUGCACAGUCCAAACAAUCCACUUUCAUCCCUACCUCCAUUUUCCGGAACCAAGAAAAACUUGAAGGCGAUUCCAAUUAAAAAUGAAGGUAAAAAAGCAAAGAGGAGGACAUCAAGAACAUCAACAUAAUCAGGACUUGCCAUAUCCUCCUUCCUCGGUUAGGCGCCAAACAAGGAAUUCGACAGUAGACGCUCCACAGUUGUCUUUUCAACCAGCACUAAGAGUUAUCAGGGAAGAUACUGUAGUCCCAAAGCCAGAGUUUCCGACUCACGACGAUCCAGUUUGUGAGGCUGUCAAGGUUUCAACAUUUCCUGCUCCGGAUAUUGAUGACCCUUUUCAGCCUCCAAGUGAGACGGCUGUGGUGGCAGUCGUGGGACAUAUCCUGGAGAAGUGCAAAAUGUACGAUGGUCCUUCCAGGAACCAGCCUCUGAGCCCCUCUCAUAGCCUUAACCUGACAGAGUUUGCUAGAGGGGUCGGAGAUGAUGAUGAAGAAGGAGAAGAAGUUGAGUCUGCUCCAACAGUACGCGGCCACAGAGUGAAGGCAGAGAUUGCUCCUCUGGUUGGAGCCAUCUUCGACAAAUAUGGCGACAUCACUGCAACUAGCAGUGUCAAGUCCCCUUCCAUCAUGGCCUCCUACUUUCUUGAGCGCCUGUGCGACAUGUACCAGAGGCUCGAGAAGAAAACGUUCCAGGACAUCACGCGUGCUGAUAUCAAUGGCAUGCUCAAUGAGCUCCAUCAGUAUCAGGCAGAGAAGUUCAACGUCGAAUGGCUUCUUGACAAGGUCAAACAGAUUUCUGAGAUGAGGAGCAACACUAAGAGGUACUUGGCCUUGAAGGGAGAGGCAACGAAAUACAUCGAGGCUAAUGAAAGAAUGGAAAAGGAGAAACAACUGAAUUUGAUGCACAUUGCUCUGAUACAUAAGAAGAUAUCCACAAUAGAUACUGCGAUGGAAGCGAACAAGGCUGAUGCUGACAAGUGCACAAAGAUGGCUGUUGAUGUCAAGGUUGAAGUAAAAGCUCUAGCAAGUCAAAGUUUGGUUCAUGGCCUUCUUUAGUAUUUAGUAUUAUCGGUCCCAAAUCAAUCUUCGUAUGCACUAUUCCAUAGUGCAUACGAAGAUUGAUACCAUACAUCUAUGCAUCUCUUAACAUUUUGUAUGACGGACAAGUGAAACUAGUCUAUAUAUUAUUCGAGUAAGAGGUCCACAGAUGUUAUACAGAA